AUGUCAGCUGUCAAUGACACCCAAACAGAAUUAGCAGUGUUCCUCCUCACCGGGAUACCUGGCCAUGAAAAUGCCCAUCUCUGGAUCUCCAUCCUUUUCAGCUUCACGUAUGCUAUUUCGAUAGUAGGAAAUGGAGUGAUUCUGUUCUUUAUAAAAACAGACCCAAGUCUCCAUGAGCCCAUGUACAUUUUCCUUUCCAUGUUGGCUGUCACAGACAUUGGCAUAUCGAUAGCUACCAUGCCGACGAUUCUGGGCGUGUUCUUGUUUAACACUAGGGAGAUCAGCUUCAAUGCUUGUUUGGCCCAGCUGUUCUUCAUCCACUUUCUUGCAAAAAUUGAAUCUUCAGUGCUGUUGUUGAUGGCCUUUGACCGCUUCAUAGCGAUCUAUAACCCACUGAGGUACGCUUCCAUCUUAACCCUGCCAAGAAUAGCCAAGAUGGGGCUGGUGUGUGUGGUAAGGGGGGUGGCUGUACCGUUCCCAGUCCCGUUUCUUCUGAAAAAGUAUCAAUAUUGUCGAGGCAGUGUUCUGUCCCAUUGCUACUGUCUAAACCAGGAUGUCAUGAAGUUGGCUUGUUCAGACAUAAGAGUCAGUAGCAUCUACGGCUUGUUUGUUGCAAUCUGCACUGUGGGGUUGGACUCACUGCUCAUCUUCCUCUCCUAUGUGAUGAUCCUCAAAACAGUGCUGAGCAUCGCAUCCCGCACAGAAAGUCUCAGGGCCCUGAACACCUGCGUCUCCCACCUCUGCGCCGUCCUGCUCUUCUAUGUGCCAGAUAUUGGGCUGGCCGUGAUACACAGAUUCGGGAACAGCUCUACUCACUUGCUUCAGAUUCUCCUGGGCUACGUCUACCUGCUGGUUCCACCCCUGAUGAAUCCGAUUGUGUACAGCGUGAAAAGCAAACAUAUUCGUAUGCGGCUCAUCAGGGUGUUCGUCAAGUGA